AUGUCGUCGACCGUUCAGCGCACGGCCACGCCCAUCACCCCGACGCCCUCGGCCACGAGCACCCUCCCCGUGAACUACAAGGACGACGGCGGGGGCGUUGGGUCGCAGCCGCUUCUCUGGGUCGUCAUCCCGCUGCUGGCCGUCUUCGCAGCCGGGUGCUUCACCGUGUUCGUGUGGACGCGGCACCGGCGGUCCCGUGGCGGCACCACCGGCGGCGGCGGCGGAAGCGGCCGUUCGAUGUGGCCCGACGACCGCAUCCUGCUGCCGAGCGGCUUCAUCAUGGCCCGCACCGGCGGCCGGAGGUGGGCGGAUCGGAACCGCAGCAGCCGCGACCUCGAGGGGCUCAACGAGCUGGGCGAGCCGCCGCCGCCAUACGACACCAAGAAGCCGCCCUCGAUCAACUGUCGCUACGACCCCGUCGACGGUGCCGGGACCGAACUGAGGAGCAUGGAGGGCGCGGGAGUCGGGGCGCCAGAGCACGUUGCUCCUCCGCCCGAGGCUCAUGUUGCCACGGCGCCGUCGAGAAGGAGCAUAUGA